AUGACAGACGACCUAGUCAAUCUCUUUUCUCAAAUUGGGUUCCAAGAAUCCAAAGCGCGUGAGAUCCUAAAGAACCAGAAGGUUGCGUCUUCGUUGGCUCAUCUGAUUCAGCUUGCGGGCGACAAUGUUUCGUGGGACAAGACGAAAAGUACUCUUCUCCAUCAUUUGGCUACACUAUUGAAAGGCGAGGAUCUUCCACAUGGGAAGGACAUUCUGGAUGCCAUCAUUGACGGCCGGCUAGUUUCGACUUUGCAGGUCACCGAGGCAUACAAGUAUGUUAAAUCUGCUGGCGACAAUUUUAGCGAAAAAGAGAUGGAGGAAAGCUCUGGUGUUGGCAUAAAGGUUACCGAAGAGGAUGUUGAGAACGCGAUUAGAAAGUAUAUCGAGUCUAUCAAGGCCGAAUUUCUGGAGAAAAGGUAUAAAAUGGUUCCUAAUGUCCUUGGCAGUGUGCGAAGCCUUCCUGAGCUGAAAUGGGCCUCGCCUGCCCUGUUCAAGCCUACUGUCGACCGGCUAGCACUGGAAUAUCUUGGUCCUAAAGACGAAAGAGAUGUGGUGAAGAAGGAGAAAAAGAAGAAGGAGCAGGCCAAGGGAACCAAGCCAGAGACCAAGACGGAGCCUGAAAGAAACAUGUUCACAGAGGGAUUCCUGGGAGAUCUCCACAAGCCUGGUGAGAACCCGCAGAAAUGGCCGGAGCUCAUGGAGGAGCACCUGAAGGUGACCAAGGGCAAGGUGUUUACCAGGUUUCCUCCAGAACCAAACGGAUUCUUGCACAUAGGACACUCUAAAGCCAUUAUGGUAAACUUUGGCUACGCCAAAUACCACGGCGGAGUUUGCUAUCUGCGUUAUGACGACACAAACCCCGAGGCCGAGGAGCAGGUCUACUUUGAUUCCAUUUUGCGCUGUGUCAAGUGGCUUGGAUACGAACCUUGGAAGAUCACCUAUUCUUCAGACUAUUUCGACCGGCUUUACGAGCUCGCUGAAAAACUCAUCACAACAGGAUAUGCUUAUGUGGAUCAUUCGACGCCAGAAGAGAUCAAGGCGCAGAGAGGUGUGAGGCCAGAUGGUACUCCUGGAGGAGAAAGAUUUCCUUCCCCAUGGAGAGACAGACCAAUUGAGGAGUCCUUGGCCGAGUUUAGAAAAAUGAGAGACGGCUACUACGAGCCAGGAAAGGCUAUCUUGAGAAUGAAACAGGACAUUUACUCUCCGUCUCCGCAAAUGUGGGACCUAAUUGCUUACAGAGUGUUGAAUGCUAAACACGAGAGAACGGGAGACAAGUGGAAGAUCUAUCCGACCUACGACUUCACUCACUGUUUGGUCGAUUCUUUCGAGAAUAUUAGUCACUCUUUGUGCACCACUGAGUUCUACUUGAGCAGAGAGAGCUACGAGUGGCUCUGCGACGUGCUACAUGUCUACAGACCUGCCCAGAGAGAAUACGGCCGUUUGAACUUGACCGGAACCAUAAUGUCCAAGAGAAAGAUUGCCAAGCUCGUGAACGAGGGCUAUGUGCGCGGAUGGGACGACCCAAGACUGUACACUUUGGAGUCUCUUAGAAGAAGAGGUGUUCCUCCAGGAGCCAUUUUGAGUUUCAUCAACACCUUGGGUGUUACCACAGCUACCACAAACAUCCAGGCCACCAGGUUUGAGAGCGCCGUGAGAAAUUAUCUUGACCACACAACUCCAAGACUAAUGAUGAUUGAACAUCCGUUGAAGGUGGUUAUAGACAACCUGGACGAUGACUACGAGGAGCUGGUGGAAAUUCCAUACAAACCCGGCUCGCCUGAGUUUGGUUCCAGGAAAGUGCCGUUCACCAAGACUGUCUACAUCGACAAGUCGGACUACAGAGACACCAUCACCAAAGACUACUUCAGACUGGCUCCGGACCAGCCUGUUGGUCUGAUGAGGGUUCCGUUUAAUAUUCGCGUCAAGAGCGUGGAGAGGGACGAGUCCGGUGCUCCGACCUUGAUUCACGCCGAGUACCUCAACGAUCCUGCCCAGCACAAGAAACCAAAGACAUACAUUCAUUGGGUGCCAGAGUCUAGGAAAUACAAGUCUCCUGUUAGAAUUGAUGAAGUCAGAAUCCACAACAGACUGUUCAACUCUGAGAAUCCGUCUGCUCAUCCUGAUGGCUAUUUGGCCGACAUCAAUCCAAACUCGGAGGAGAUUCUGAAGGAUGCCAUCAUCGAGCCAAGCUUCUACGAAAUAGAGGCCAGGUCGCCGCUAAACAUGCCAUUCACCAACCCUGAAUUUAGCAUCAAGGAAGAGCCAGGCAAGGAGACUGUGAGAUUCCAGGCUCUCAGAGUUGGUUACUUCUGUCUCGACAAGGAUUCUGGUGACAAUCUAAUUUUCAACAGAAUCGUCACUCUGAAGGAAGAUUCUGCGAAAGAUUAA